AUGGAUUUCAGAAAUUUAUCAACAACUCCUAAUCAAAUGGAUCAAUUAAUGCAGCGUCGUCCGUCUUUGUCAUCACUAUCUUCUGCAUCAGGUUAUUCAACUUCUUCAACUCCUUUUUCAAAUAAUCAACAACAACACCCACAAAAUUUAAAAAUUUUAAAUAAUUCAACAACGCCUCAAUUAUCAAGUCAACGUUUAAGUGCUGUUAAAAAUUUACCUACAUCAUCAUGGUUGAAUCAAACAGGUACAUCAUCUUCAGUUGGUCCUUGGGUUGAACAACAACAACAACAAACUUUAGAUGUUUUAGAUAAAAAGACUUUGGAAGAAACUACUGAUUCUAAUCCUUCAACAAAUAAUAAUACUAUUGUUAAUAGAUCAAAUAAUGUUAUUGAUAAUAAUAAUGUAAAUCAUAACAUUAAUAAUCCUAAUGAAACCAAACAAGUUAAUGAUAAUGAUAAUAAUGAUAAUAAUGCCAACAACAACAACAACAAUAAUAAUAAUAAUAAUAAUAAUGCUAAUAAUAAUAAUAAUGUUAAUGAUGAUGAAAUUGAUGAUGAUGAAUUAAUUCCAACAGCGAUAGUAAUAAAAAAUAUUCCUUUUGCUAUAAAAAAGGAACAAUUAUUAGAUGUUAUGACUAAAUUAAAUUUACCAUUACCUUAUGCAUUUAAUUAUCAUUUUGAUAAUGGAGUAUUUCGUGGAUUAGCAUUUGCAAAUUUUACAUCAACUGAUGAAACUUCAAUGGUUGUUAAUCAUUUAAAUGGGAAAGAAAUUGGUGGUAGAAAAUUAAGAGUUGAAUAUAAAAAAAUGUUACCAGCACAAGAAAGAGAAAGAAUUGAAAGAGAAAAACGAGAGAAAAGAGGUCAAUUAGAAGAACAACAUAGAUCAAAUUCAAAUGCUUCUUUAGCUUCAUUAUUAUCUCAAGCUUCAACUACUGCAGCAACUAAAAAUUUAAGUGUUGCAGGAGGAGGAAUAUCAACAACAACUCAAGAAAGAAUAUUUUUAAAUUUACCAUUUGGUAAUACACUGUUUAGUAUAUUACCAUUAGAAUUAAAUUUAAAUGAUCCAGAAAUUUUAGAACUUUAUACUCAAUUAAUUUUAUAUCGUGAUGAUAUAACAAAAUCAAUAUUUGAAUUAGCUAUAUCACCAUUAAAUUUAAAUAUUAAUCAAAGAAAAAUUAUAUCCUACAUUUGUAAUUAUUUAAAUUUAUUAGAAUUAUUUGAUAAUGGAUUAAUUAUAAUAAGGAGAAAACCUGGUUAUAUUUCAAUUGCUAUUCAAAGUCAACAAGUAGCAGCACAAACUCAACAUCAACAACAACAACAACAACAAGUACCACCACCACAUCAUUCAAGUUCAAUGAUAAAUUUAAAUCAAUUAAGACAACAAAAUUCAACUCCUGUAACACCUCAAAAUCAUCAACAUCAACAACUGCAACAACAACUGCAUUAUCAUCCACAACAACAACCUGUUCCACCACAACAAUCUCAACAACAACCACAAAGACCUUAUUAUCAAAACAUUCCACAGCAUAGAUCAUAUGUUGAUGUUAGAUCAACACCACCAUUAAACAGUUUCAAUCAACAACAACAUCACCAAAACCAACAUCCACAACAUCAUCAAUCACAACAUCUUCAACAACAACAGCAACAAAUUCCACAACUGCAAGUUUCACAACAACAACUUAAUCAUCAUCAUCAAUCACAAUAUGAUUCACCAGCAUCAACAACUUCAAGGUUCCAACCAUUUAGUCAACAUGUAUCAACAAGUUUUACAUCAUUACCACCAACAUCAAAUAAUAGUGGUGAUGAAUUUAGUACAACUAAUGGAAUAUGGGGACCAAAAUAA